GUAACAACUCCUUCGUUGUUAGAAACUUCAACAAAUUUACUUAAAUAUUCCUAAAUUGUGUGGCAACUUGAGAUUUACAAAUUUAGAAUAUUAGUUUAGUUGAAAACAGAUAAACCAUGUUGAGGCUAAUGUCGUUAUUCAAGACGCGAUCGAAAAAAUUUGGCGUUAGAUGCUAUCAAAAUCGCCUGCCCACUGGUCGUGCCUCACGCUGCAAGUUGGACGACAGCCAAAGCCGAUUCGGAUUCGUUGGCGGCGAUCUUGGAGACUCCAGCAUGUGGCGACCCCGCCCCCGCCAGCUGCACAUCAAUAGGUUUCCCUCCGGCGAUGUCGAUUCAAGGUCAAUACAGAAGGGCGAGGGAGAGUGGGUGGCGGAUGAGGGGGCAACACUGCGCUGGGGCAUCGCUCCCGUCAGUCUGAUGGCGGAUGACUUUGCUGCCGCUUUGAGUGUCCUGCCGGAGAACCACCACCGCAUCGUGUCCUGCGUGGCUGCCUACCAGUCACAUGCCCUCGCCUUCGCGGAUCGCCAUCAGGUGGAGAACGUGUACACCAGCUUCGAGGAUUUGGCGAGGUGUCCGAAUGUCGACGUUGUGUACAUCUCUCCGCUGAAUCCGCAACACUCGGAGCUCUGCCACUUGAUGCUGAAUCACGACAAGCACGUCCUGUGCGAAAAACCGCUCUGCAUGACGGAGGAGCAGGUGACCAAGCUGCUGGAAAAGGCGCGGGCACGGGGCCUCUUCCUCAUGGAGGGAAUGUGGCCAAGGUGUGUGCCCGCCUACCAUUACCUGCGCCACCAGAUCCUGCGGAAUCGCCUCGGGGAACUGCAGCAAGUGCACUGCACUCUGGGAUUGCCCGUCUCGCAAGGGAGACUUGGACUUUAUGGUGGUGUGACCAAUGACUUCGGUGUCUAUGGAAUGCAACUGGCGUUGUGGGUGUUUCGGGAGGUGCCACGUUGCCUCAAGGUCAGCGGAAGGGUCAACUCACAUAACGUGGAUGUGACCGCUGAGAUCGAACUUUGCUUCACUCGUGGAAAAAGGGCCUUUAUCCAGGUCAGCGCGGAAAAGAAGCUCAGCAACCAGGCUGUAAUUCAGGGAAAAACUGGAUCCAUUAAGAUGAACAACUACUGGUGUCCCACACGUUUGAUAACCGAGGAGGUGGACUAUGAGUUUCCGCUUCCUGGUGGCGACCAGAUGCCACCCACCCACUACCACAAUCGAUUGGGAAUGUGCUACGAGGCCGAGGAGGUGAGGAACUGCAUCCUGAAGGGCAGCCACGAAAGUGACGACUUCAGUCACAAUGAGAGUCUGCUCCUGGCGAACCUAAUGGACACCAUUCACGCGGAACUGGGAGUUGGAGAGUUUGCUCAUCGCGAGAAGGUUCCGGAUUUGCAGAAAGAGAUCGAAAGUGUUCAGGAUGAAGUUGAGGAUCCCGAGGAGCUGGCCAGUGAAACGUGUCGUGUGGUGCAGGAUGUAAUUACCAGUGAAGUCAUCGAAUCCAAGGAGCAGGAGGAAACUGUUCCAGCCAGAUCGAAGGUCGUUGAUGCCCCUUAAAAAGGGGGCGUGGCAAAAUGGUGUCUGUGUAGUCUUUGUCAGAAUGCAAAUCAGAUGGUAUGACUAUCUAUAUUAAAUAAAAUUAAAAUGUAUUGACUAAGGAAAAAUUAAAUAAAGAAACUUUUAUGUGUU